CGCCCUUGUCCACACGAGGUUGCGUCAUUCUUUCUCUUCCCAUAUCCAACAACAACACACAACCACAAAGCAAGAUGGCUGUGCUUUCUGUUGCUGGGAAGCGGCGGCGCGCGUGGUGGGCGCUUGCUGCCUCUAUCGUCUUCUCCACGGGGAUGAUCGCCUUUGUCCACCUCAACCAGAACAAGGAGCGCGAGGCGUUGCAUGAGGGGGUCAUCAAGGAUAUGGAACGACAGGAGCGCAAGCGGCUCAACAGGAUUGAGCAGGAACAGCAGAUGGAGCUGCGACGGCAGCUUGAGUUGGAAGAGAAGCGAACACUGGAGCAGCAGCAGCAGCAGCAACGCAAGUCGCAAUAGCCAACCACGCACGACUCUAUGAGCGCGCCACCCUCCGUCUAGCUUCCCCACCUCUCCUCUUACACCCUCGCCCGCUCACUCCCUCGCCCUCGACCAGCCGAUACCGCUGCCCUCCCUGCCUCCCUGCUUUGCUAUUCUUUCUCGCCUCCUCUCCUCUCGCGCGCCCCACGCAGGAUGUGCUUGGAGCAUGGAGGGGGCUUGUUACUCUAACCAUAAGGCCACAUGGUGUUCGGUUGUCGCACUUACUCCGCCAUUAAACACGACUUGUGUGUGAACACGCUGCUCCCAUAUCCAACC